GUUCUUUUUUCUCUUCAAUCUUCGCUCGCUCCUUAUGAUUAACGUCUGUACAGCUCCCCAAUUGGAGCCGUAGUCGUCGACCUUUUUUUUUCCCUUCCCACUCUUAUAGUUAUCGAGAUCUCCGUAUUUCUUUCUCGGCCGUUCUUACAGAAAAAACUCUCGCGUCCCCCUAAUUUUCCCUGAAAUUGAUCAUUCACACCUCGUUCAAAAUGCCCGAUUCGACGCCCCAAACCGCCGAUUCAGGAACGCCCAAAGCCGGCGCCCCUAAAGACAAAAAUUGCCCCUUUUGCGGACAGGCUUUCACCUCCUCUUCCCUCGGUCGCCAUCUCGAUCUGUACAUCAAGGAGAAGAACCCAAAACCACCAGAUGGUGUUCACGAUGUCGAUGCUAUCAAGAAGCUCCGUGGUGGUAUCACAAGACGACAGGCGCGAGGUUCGCUGGGAGGGAGACGGGAAACUUCAACUCCUAUAGGAACCCCAAAAGCACCUUUAAUGAAGGAAACAUCCCUCCCCGAAAACGAUGAUUUCCAAUCGCCGGUUAUUUCCAAGAACAACCAGCUCGUUGUUGAUCAGACUAUGAAAUAUGCACCUCCUUUCCAGCCAACAUGGGAGGCCACGGGCGUCAUGAACGAUAUCCCUAAAAGAGGCAGCUGGGAAGGCGACGCCGCACCCGAGCCACCAAAACGCCCUGGUAUGCAACGGACUGCUAGCAAGCAAGCCAUUCAGAAGGCUCAAUUCGACGUCAAACAAAAGGUUUCCGAUGCCAUGGAUACAGCACGUGCUGCGGAGUUGGCAUUGCGGGAGCUUCUCAGCUCUUGGAGAGCAGCCAAGGUGCAACUCGACAACAACUCGAUGCCAUUCGACUUCGACCCUCUAUCUCUCGAUUUCCCUGCAUUGACCCUCCAAUGCCUGCAGCCUCCACCAACACUAUUCUCAUCAACGCAACAUCCUACAUCAACAUCAUGGUCCGUCCAAUCGCCAGGACAGCGCGAAUUCGAGGCUCUGCAGACUUGGUUCGCAGUACAGUUCAAGUCUUGGAAAGUGACUUGUGCGGCUGCCACCACUGCCGUAAUGGAUGAAUUCAAGUAUCCCCCCACAGCAAACAGCUUCCGAAACCCUCGAGAGUCCGUCCGGAAGGCUGAGAAGGCGGCAGAGCAACUGGAGGCACAGGUGGAUGAGCAUCUUCAAUCGGCAUACGCGGUGUGGGGAACUCUCCCGAUUCAGCGACAACAAGAGCUUUGGAUCCUUGAAUUGGCACGAGGCGUAGGAAGAAAGCACAAGGAGGCUGAGAAGAUGAAGGAACAGCAGCACAGACUCAAGCAAGAGAAUGCCAAUCUCAAGUCUCAGAUUGAACAACUCAACAAGCUUCAACAACCGAAGGAGUUUAGGCUCGCGCCGCCCGUCACAAUUCCAAUGGAACGCGAACUCCUUGCUCUUUCUUACGAACAGGCCGUGAAGGGUGGCAGGGCUGUUGGCUUCUCUCUUGAGGAUAGUCAGGUUGAUCUUUCAACCCUUGUUUCAAGAUCUAUCGAGCGAUGGAAGAGUGUCAUUGCUUCAUCGAGAGCCAAUGCCAACGGAAUGAGUGCUCAACGAUCCCUUGAUCAAUCCAGCCAAGCUUCCAGUAAUACCGCUGUCAACAGCACUCAAUCCACGCCACAAAUUCAGACGCCAUGCCAACCACAAUUCCAAGCACAACAGCAGCAGCAGCAGCAGCAAUUACAACAACCGCAACGGCCUCAACUUUCUAAACGUCCUUCAACAACCAGUGUCAACGGUGCAGUCAGCGAGCAUGCCACUGCCUCAACCACUACGACCGACCCAUCCUCCGCUGCUGAGAACAGCGAUCAAGAUGCUGAUGCAGAAAUGGAGGACGACGAUAGCUUUGCCAUGGUUAACCCUUCUCCGAUUAAACCACAACAACCUAUUCAGCAACAAACAUCUCUCGAAGUGCCACGUACACGGCCUGUGCAACAACAACAACAGCAGCAGCAGCAGCAGCAGCAGCAGCAGCAGCAGCAGCAGCAGCGCAAUGCACAGUUUAUGAUGCCCAACGGUGCAGGAAGUCCUGUUAACCGGGCAGCAAUCAAUCUGAGUCGAUCUAUGCCCAACAUGAAUAUGGCGUUGCAAAAUGGAGGCAUGCAUGGAGGAGAUAUAGCCAUGGCAAUGCAAGGAGUUCGUGGGGAUGCCAUGUAUCUGGAAUAGCACUGUCAUUUUAAUACCUGAUAUAGAUAGGUAGGCUAUCACCAAAAGCGAUCCGUAAUGAUGAAAGACUUUGAGCGAGCU